CUUCCAUUUAUCGAUGAGAAUUGUAAAACGGAAACUAAACCAACAAAUAUUGUCCGCCCUAAUGAAUUCAUUGUACACGGCGGGUAAAUAAUUAACAAAGUUUUUGUUGUCAACAAUUAAAUAUUGAAAAAAUGCCUCCCAAACGUCGACGUCGUUUUCAAGGCUUAUACUAUCAUUCGUCACCGCCUAAAGUACUACCAAUGAAUGGUCAGCUGCCAAAUGAUAGUGCCCGUAAACGGCGAGGAAGCGAUGAUUUCUCAGUCAAGUUAUCGACCAUACGAAUAUGGAUGCACGAAAAGGAAAUUGGCAAAUUAACCCGCAUUUUAUGGGCUGGUCAGGGAAAUCGUUUAAGGCAACAGGCCAGUACCAAUCCAAGAGUUAAGCGAUUUCUAGCAGCAGUGCCUUAUGUGAUGAAUUCCAUACGCGAUGUCCAUCAAGCUGUUAUCGAUAAUAACUUGGAAAAUCUGCAGGCCCAUUUGGAACCGCCCGUACCACCUGCCCUGGUAACAUGUCGCGAUGCCAAUGGCUUAAAUCUCAUACACAAAGCGGCGGGUUUGGGCCAUGCCACAAUUUUGGAAUAUCUGAUCACCACCUGGCCCGAUGGCGUACAUGAGUGUGAUAUAACCGGCAAAACCCCAUUGCAUUGGGCUGCCAGUGCCAAAAAUAAUAUGCGCUGUUAUACGCUGCUCACGCAAGCUGGCUGUGACGAAGAAGCCGUUGAUUAUAAAAUGAAAACGCCUUCAUUUUAUCGGCAUAAACCGCAUGAAAUUGAAAGGGCGUUCCUGACGUAUGUACCCGAAGCACCACGAGUCUCCCCAGAUGUCGCCACAGAUUGGGAGGCCCUAAGCGAUGACAGUGGUGAUGGUAAGAAGCCCGACAUUAAAAUACCCGAAAUGAAUGGUUUUGGUAGACAUUCAAAUACGGAAAGUAAUGAAAAUACAUCGGAAGCCGAAAUGACAGAGGGCUGCUGUAGGGCCCUAACCGAAGAACCAGAAAAGGAAGAACCUGCCGCUGAUGAUGAAAAUGGUGAAGAAGCUGAGGCACCAGCUGAAGAGGGCGAGGAAGAAGAAAAACCAGCAGAAGAUGAACAACCUGCUGAAGAUGAGGCCAAAGAAGAUGAUAAGGGAGGAGAGGAAGAAGAAGAAAAGCCUGAAGAAACAAAUGAAGAAACCCAAACGAAUGAAGCUGAUGCUUCGGACGAUAAAGAUGAACCACAAGAUGAAAAACAAACACAGUCUGUAAAUGAAACGAAUGCCACCGCCACGAACAAUGACAACGAUCAACCGGAUACGAAGCAGGAAGCGGAUAUUGAGGAGAAUGAAAAACAAAAUGACGAAGAUGAGAGUGAAAAUAAUGAAGAGAAUAGUAAAGAAACUGUAAUUGAAAAGAGUACAGGAGCGGAAGAAAAGGACGAGGAUGAAAAGGAAGCUCAGGAAAAAGAAGAAAAUCAAAUGGAAGUUGAUGAAAAAGAAUCUAAUGACAAAGAAGAAAGUGAAAAGGAACUAGAUGAUGCUGCCGAAGGAAAAGAUGAAAAACCUGAAGAGAAGGAAAAUGAUAGCAAUGGCCUUGAAGAGACCAAAGUGGAAAUUGAAAGCAGUGAUACUCAAAGUAAGACCAAAGAAGAAGAAAUAGAUCUAGAAAGUCAUGAUAAAGAAGAAGAAGGAAAUGAGGACCAAACUAAGGAAGAUGAUGAUAAAAAUGGAAAAAAUACCACCUCAGACGAAAACGAAAUGGAUGGUCAAACAAUGGGAGAGGAAAAUAAAGACACAGGAGACAAGGAAGAUGAAAAUAAGGUUGUGUUGGAUGACGACAAAAAAGGUGAGCACAAAGAAGAGGAAGUAGUAGACGAUAAUAACAAGGAAGGUGAAAAAGCAAGUGGGGAAAAGGAGGGCGAAGAGGAAAUUACAAAGAAAGUCGAAGAAAAAGGAGAGGAGGAAAUCAAAGCUAAUGAAGCUCAAAUAACAGAGCAAGCAAUGAUCUCAAAAGAUGCUGCGAAUGAAAAUGAAAAAGAAAGUAAUGGUAAAAAAGAAGAACUGGUAGAAAUCUCAAAAGACUCGAAAAAUGAAGAUGACAAAGAAAAUAAUGUAGAAUAUGAAAAUGAGGAUAAACACGAAAUUGAUAAAUCCCUUGAUAAGGAUCCUAAAAAUGAUAAUGAAGAUAAAGGAAAAGGUGAUAAAAAUGUGGCACCCAUGGAUGACGGUAAGCAUGAAGAUGGUACAGUGGAAUCGACAAAAGAAGAAGAAGAAGCUGAAACGAAGGAAAAACCUGAUGAAAAGGUGAAAGAGAUAAGUAGUAAAAAGGCAGAAAAUGAAAAAGACUCUAAAGAUGAAACAAAAACAGAUGACAAUCAAAAUGAAAAGGAAGCAAAUACUACAGAAAAAGAUGGAGAAAAGAAAGAAAAAGUGGAAGAAGAAAUCAAAAAAGAAAGUAUAACUAAUAAUGAAAGCUCUAACUCUCAGCUAUUAGAUGCUACACAAAUAAUGAAAAAGGACCAACAUGAAAUUUUUGCAAAUGACGAUAAAAAGGACCACGACAACGAAGAGAAAGAAGAAGAUGAAAAUAAUAACAAUGCAACAGCUAGCACAACUAAUAAAGAUGACGAGGAUAACGAUAAAACUCAAGAUGACAAAAAUGAUAACAAAUCCUCAGAAUCUCCACAAAAAUCACCUCCCAAAUCCCCCAAAGCAUCAGAGGAAGAUCAAGACCUCUCAACUACCGAAGCUUUCCUCAAAGAAACCCAACAAGAAAUUAGUGAUAAAUUCGAUGAAAUUACGGAUAAUUUAAAAGAAAAUCACGAGGAGGAUGACUAUGAGGAAAAUAACAGCCACAAGGAUACGAAUGAAAAUGAAAUGAACGAUAUUGUUGUAGGUAAUGCUGCCAUUACUCCGAAAACUGAACACAAACUAAAUGGCAAGGGCAGUGGUCGUAAAUCGUCUAAGCCACACCCGGGUGGUAGUGGUGAGAAUAGUAGCGAAGACGACGAAGAUGAUGAGGCAACUGAAACGGAAGAGGCGGUGGGCGAAGACACUGCAAAUCAAAAUGAAGAAGAAACAAAUCAAGAAGAAAACGAAAAUAAUGAGGAGGCCAACAGUGACAAUGCAAAUGAACAAGAUAAUAACAACAAAGAAGAAGAAGAAGGAGAGGAAGAAAAUGCUGAUGCCGAGCAGGAGGAUGAUGGUGAUGAUGGCACUGAAUCGCCCACCUCAGCACUGGCCAUUGAAGGUUUUGUCCAGGGAGUUGCCGAUGAUAAUACAGAAUCACGUAUCAGUAGAAUCAUAGCUUCUGGUGAUAUGGAACAAUUGGCCCAAAUCGUAUUGAAUGGUGACGGUCAGAAGCUAUUGAAUGUGAAAGCCAAGGAGCCGGAAAUCCAAGCAUUUUUGCGUAAUGUACCAAAUUAUAUGGAUAAAAUUCGUCGAGUCCACGAAGCUGCACGCGGAGGUAGCUUACUAAAUCUGCAACAAGCCUUGGAUCGACGAAAGUUUGCCAUUGCCAAAGAUGAAAUAUCACCGAAUGGUGCAACGCCACUGCAUGUUGCGGUAUUAUUUGGUCAUAGUGAUAUUGUACGAUAUUUGUCUGCCCGUUUCCCUGAGACGACUUCGGUAACGGAUAAUGAUGGACGAACUGCUUUACAUUAUGCUGCAGUUAUAAAUGACAAUGGACAUUUUUAUAAUGUUCUACAGCAAUUGGGCGCCAAUCCUAAGGCUUUGGAUAAUUUGGGUAAAACACCAGAACAAUAUCUAACAAAUAACGACCUCAAAGAUACAUUUAACUAUGGACAGUUAUUGAAAAAUUUCGGCGCCGAAGAAUUGGAAUCACAACUUCUUAGCGAUCAAGUACCCGACGAUUUGCACAGUUCGAGGCGUGUGUUGCAGGAUGGCGAUAUUCAACGUACCCUGGAUCGUUGUUUUAGUGUGAUACAGGAAUCGAGCAAGGUGUGGAGUGGUGCUACGGCAUCCGCCUUGGCCCAGAAGAAACCAUUGUCGGAAAAUAAUUCCCUACAACUUGCCGUAACGGGAUAUUUGAGUCGUUUCCUCAAACCUUCGGUGUAUGAGAAAAUAAAGAAACGCCAGACACGUUUGGAUCAUAAUCUCUUCGAUGUCAUUUGGCCGGCACUGAGGAAGACUUCGAAAGAACGACAUUUGGAGGAGGAUAUUAAUUGUGGCAUAAUAGCACCAGACUUCGAUGUCUAUGUGGUGUAUCAGGAAUUUUUGGUGCCAUUGAUUAAGGAUAUGCACUGCAUGUCUGUCACCUCCGAUUUUAAGCCACAUCCACGCAUUGCCUACUUCCCAAUGCAGAAUGGUGAACGUCUGAACACAGCCUAUUUCGUAUUUGAAGAUGAUUCCAAUUUGGUAGUACGUUGUCUGGUUGAAUGUUCUAGAAAUUUAGAUACCUUUGAGCUACCACUGAACUUGACCAUUGGGCAAAUUGAACAGGCGGAACGUCUGAUGAUGGCUAAAAUAUUUACCACUGAGUUUAUAGAGGCCAUUGAUGAAGAGGAACCGGGUAGUUAUUAUACCCUAACAGAGGUCCUUGAAGAUAAUUCCGAGGUUUACGAUAUGCUCAACUCACAUGGACUUCUUAUACCUCUGCUCGAUCAAAAAGAUGAAGUUCAGCAAGCGGAAUCGAUUGCCUUUAAUGGUUCCCUGUGGCCAUAUGGUCGUGGUGUCUAUGUCAGUGCCUCCAACAAUAUGGCCUUGUGGUUAAAUUGUCAAGAACAUUUGCGCAUAAUUUCCACCACAACCUCCAAAGAUGCAGACGAUAUUGGUUCGGUCUAUACCCGAGUAGGGCGAUGUAUUUCAUUUCUCGAACAGCAGUUGCACUUCAAAGAAAGCUAUCUACUCGGCUAUUUACAAUCUCGACCAUCCUAUUUGGGCACCGGCCUAAAAAUGACCACAAUUGUCCGUUUGCCAAAUCUCAUGAAAGAAAUGGACAAUUUACGUCAUCUAUGCUCCGUACGAGGGCUGGCCCUCACCACCAAUCGUCAAUCGAAAUUGAGUGUACGCCUGAUUAAUAUGCAGUCUAUGGGUUCGGUGGAACACAUACUCUUCCAGGAUUUUUGUACGGCUGUAACGAACAUACUGUCGCUGGAAAAGGAUAUGUCGCUGACAAAUUCCAAACACAUUGCCUCAAUGUUGGUGAAAAUAUUUCGUCGUAAGAAAAAUAGUUUAGCUGAUCGCCACUAA